GAGUUUCUUAUCGUGGUAGAAGUUCAUUCAUAACUAGUCUAACUAAAUAUUAACUCAUAUAGGAUUGAACGUGUGAAUUGAAUAUAAUUAUCGAGCGAAUAGGACGCUUAUUUCUAGUGUCAAAGGUCGAAGAUAAAUCAUACUAUCACAGUUAAUUACUUUAUAGUAAUAUAGAUAUUAUAUUGCAAAUACCACAGACUGGAAAAGGUAUGGAGUUAGAAAAAGGCGGAAACCGGCGUUAUCGUCAUGCAGGUGAUUUAACAGAUGAACCACCUACUCGUGAGUUUGCCGAGGUUACUAUCCCCGUGCCUUGGGGCCAUAUAUCCGGUAAAUGGUAUGGUCCCCAAGAUGUUCAGCCUAUACUAGGGCUUCAUGGUUGGCAAGAUAACGCUGGCACCUAUGAUUUACUGGUACCACUUUUGCGGCCAGAUGUUCCAUUCCUCUCCAUAGACCUGCCCGGACAUGGACUCUCAUCGCGCCUUCCGGAUGGAUGCUACUACAACACUAUUGACAAUUUGUAUGUUAUACUAUAUAUAAUGAAACAAUACAAAUGGAAAACGAUAUCCAUAAUCGGACAUUCUAUGAGCUCCAUUAUUGCUUUUGUAUUUGCUGCUGUUUUCCACGAUAAAGUCGACAUGGUUAUAGGUCUGGAUGCACUGAAACCACAUCAACGUCUACCCGCCAGUGUUGUACGUAGCAUGGAAACGCGAAUGGAUGGUUUUUUAAAAGAGGAUGAACGAAAUCAAUCGAAUGAGGAACCACCAAGCUACUCAUACGACGAACUUAUUGAACGCAUGUUUAUCGGAACAUUCCAUUCCAUCAACAAAGAUCUCUGUAAACAUAUGUUAGCGCGAAGCAUACAAAAAUCGGAAAAAUAUCCAGACAAAUAUUUCUUUUGUCGGGAUCGUCGUUUGAAGUUCUACAAUUAUAUGGUUGGUACACAGGAAAUUUGCGUAGAAAUGGCAAAACGUAUUCAGUGCCCCUACUUGUUUAUUAAAGCACAACAAUCUAGUUAUUUCGAAGAUAAAAAGUAUUAUGAUGAGGUAUUAGCUAUAUUGCAAACGAAAAAAAAUUUCGAAUAUUUAGAAGUUGACGGCUCACACCAUGUGCACAUGAAUCAUCCAGAGCGCAUUAUUGGACCAAUCAACGAUUUCAUUAAUCGUAAUGGUCCUCUGGCUAAGCGAAGUUCUAGCAAAUUGUAAAAUUUUCGUAAGUGUCAGGUAUUGCAGAGUUUUUACCCUAGCAAAUAUACACAUCUACUUAUUCCAAUAUUAUAGUAGUAUUUGUAAAUAGUUGCUUGUACUUUGUAUUACAUUUUGAAAUAAAGUUUGUUAAGUUUGAAUACAUAAA